AUGGCUCAACCGCCAAUGCUCGAAAUUCGCAAGGAUGAAGCUGCUCCAAGCGAAGGUGUUGUGAACCUGCUUCCCUGCCGCGUCCAGCACACUGGUUCUCUUGGACCAUCAUCAGCUUACUGGAAUCCCAGCACAGACGAGAAUGACACUAGGACGGCCUAUCUUCGAGGCAGGAGGCUUCAGGGAAAGACCGCGAAAUUGCCUGCAAAUUAUCGAGGCCUUGUUCUUCAGCGAAAGGACGACGAGCAAAACGAUACCGAGCAACCGGAAGUCAUCGUGAUAGGAGAAGGCGGAGAUGAAGGCUCGGCUCCCAGACUGGGAGCGAUGCACGCCGUGACUGAAUUUGAUAAAAUGGUUGUAUGGUCGCAUGACGCAGUUACCGAUGCUUCGGUCGACCCCUACCUAAGAAGCGUCGAGGAGUGGCUCAAAGUGUCGGAUAGUAUACAUUCUUAUGACUCCGCGGAUAACGGAGAGUCGAAAUGA